AGAUGCAUAAAUAGAGGCUUGCGCUGCUGGCACAGGCAGAAGCUUGGACUGCGUCCUGAGCGUCUCGCACAAGGCAGGUGGGAGGGGAAAUCCAGAUUUGCCAUGGAGAAAAUCUCCCUGUCCGCAGUCUUGCUCCUGGUGGCCCUCUCCUACACACUGGCCAAAGAUACCACAGUCAAACCUGGAGCUAAGAAGGACGCAAAGGACUCUCAACCCAAGCUGCCCCAGACACUCUCCAGAGGUUGGGGUGACCAACUCAUCUGGACUCAGACUUAUGAAGAAGCCUUAUACAAAUCCAAGACCAGCAACAAGCCUCUGAUGAUCAUCCACCACCUGGACGAAUGCCCACACAGCCAAGCUUUAAAGAAAGUGUUUGCCGAAAAUAAAGACAUCCAGAAGCUGGCAGAGCAGUUCGUCCUCCUCAAUCUCGUUUAUGAAACAACCGACAAACACCUUUCUCCUGAUGGCCAGUACGUCCCCAGGAUCAUGUUUGUUGACCCAUCCCUGACGGUGAGAGCUGACAUCACGGGAAGAUACUCCAAUCGCCUAUACGCCUAUGAACCUUCUGACAUAAAUCUACUGCUUGACAACAUGAAGAAAGCACGCAAGUUGCUGAAGACGGAAUUGUAGAGAAAAAGAGAAAAUCUGUGAGCUCUUCCUACUGGGCUUUGAGAUUUGGAACCAGAGAUUUCCGAAGAGCAGAAGGAUGCCGAAGCGUAGUUGCACAUGCAUUAAAGUUUUACAACAGCAGUUGUUUUUUUUUUUAAAUGUUGAUUUCAAGUAUACAUAUAUGAAAAUAAUAUUACAGGCUACUGUGGUGAGCCAUGAUUUUCUAAAAAAUAAAUCCUUUUGGGGGUGUUCA